AUGAUGAUCAAUCACCCACAACUCACACCCAACGUUCAAGUGGACUCGUAUUUUUAUUUGUUUUCAAACAAACCAAUAUUCGAACUCAUUUGUGGUUAUUUGGAUAGACAAAGCCGAUGGUUGGCGUAUGCCACUUGCAAAACAACUUACGCUUUCUCACUUUCCAUCGAACAAGAAUUUCUGAGACAACUAUUAUUGGAAUGUUGUAAAGGGUUACCUAUUCCGAAACAUUUACCAGAAAAGCGUCCUCAAUUUACAUGUAAAUUGACCUCUUCAUCAAAUAUGAAUCCUCAAGUAGUACUCAAUACACCAUCCAACACACCGACACAUCCCGUUUGGGAAUCUCUACUCUCUCUUGGAAAAUAA